CGCGUGAAGAAGGAAAUUAUGGUGGAUAGGUUGGCAACGCAUCACGCUUGAUGAUAGCUAUCGAUUUCCAACAGUUCACUAGAGCUAAUAGGUCGAACAUCACUCAAAGGUACUUGCUGUUACUAGCACUGUAGCUAGUUCCCGUAGAACGACACCCUGGAACAUAAAAAAAUGCCGAACAUUAAGAUAUUUAGCGGUAGCUCCCAUCGGGAACUGUCUCACAAAAUCGCCGAUCGUCUUGGGAUGGAACUCGGGAAGGUUGUGACCAAGAAAUUCAGCAAUCAAGAAACAUGUGUUGAGAUCGGAGAGAGUGUGCGUGGAGAGGAUGUCUACAUCGUACAGAGCGGAUGUGGGGAGAUCAAUGAUAAUCUGAUGGAGCUGCUGAUUAUGAUCAAUGCGUGUAAAAUCGCCUCGGCCUACCGAGUCACAGCCGUCAUCCCCUGCUUCCCCUACGCACGGCAGGACAAGAAGGACAAGGUGGGGAGUCGGGCGCCCAUCUCAGCCAAGCUGGUGGCUAACAUGCUGUCUGUGUCUGGGGCUGACCACAUCAUCACUAUGGACCUCCACGCCUCACAGAUCCAGGGUUUCUUCGACAUCCCGGUGGAUAACCUGUAUGCUGAGCCUGCUGUACUGAAGUGGAUCAAGGAGAACAUCGCAGAGUGGAAGACCUGCACCAUCGUCUCUCCAGACGCAGGGGGAGCCAAGAGAGUGACGUCCAUAGCAGACAGACUCAACGUGGACUUUGCUCUGAUUCACAAAGAGAGAAAGAGGGCCAACGAGGUGGAUCGCAUGGUGCUGGUCGGGGACGUCACGGACCGGGUAGCCAUCUUGGUGGAUGACAUGGCAGACACCUGUGGUACUAUCUGUCACGCGGCUGACAAGCUGAUCUCAGCUGGUGCUACCAAGGUGUAUGCCAUCCUGACCCACGGUAUCUUCUCUGGCCCGGCCAUCUCCCGCAUCAACAACGCCUGCUUCGAGGCCGUGGUCGUCACCAACACUAUCCCUCAGGAGGAGAAGAUGAAGACCUGUCCUAAGAUACAGGUGAUUGACAUCUCUAUGAUCCUGGCUGAGGCCAUCCGCAGGACCCACAACGGAGAAUCUGUCUCCUACCUCUUCAGCCACGUCCCCUUGUAACGCCACACACACACACACCACCACACACACACACACACACUGAGUCACCUGGGGCACCGUUCAGGAGGACACACCACAGAACAUUCACAUACAACAGACAUGGCCAUCUCUCAUGCAGAAUAGGGAAUUUGGGGAACAGAUAUGAUUUUUAGGUAGAAUAAGGAAUGUGGAGUCGGCUCUUCCAUUUCUAUGCCCAGUAUUCUGGAAUGUUUCUCAUCAUUGAAUAGAAUCCAGCCCUAGUGUUCUGUUACACCAAUCAGAGGAAGAGAGGGAAUGUCCUAUACAAACACCAGGGUUGGGCUCCAUUCCAUUUCAAUACCAGUCAAUUCAAGAAGUACACUGACAUUCCAAUUCUCUUCAAUGCUUUUGAAUUAGGAAAAUGUGGAAUUGGAUUUGGGAUUAGGUUUACUUUCUGAAUUGACUGAGAUUGAAAUGGAAUUGACACCAACCGGGGGAAACACAACCAUUAUAUUAGCAUCACUCUGCUGCUAAUGCUAACAAACCAUGUAAUAAUUACAAUUAGUAGGAUCAAUGAUUAUUAAUAACAUGUUCAUUUUGAGUCUCUCUCUCUCUCUCUCCCCUAAACAGUGAUAG